AUGACGUUCGAGAACAAACUGCCAACCCCAGUGGAAAGUAACGAGGUUAAGGAUAACAAAGUCUGCGUCUUAAACAAGACAAAGGAUGGCAGAAGAGCUGCAGAAACUCUGGCUAUUGCCUUCAGUGGCUCACCAGCAUUUCAUUAUAUUUCGAAGAAAAUUUUGAACAUUCCUUUAAGCGAGGACGUAUCUACGGAGGCAAUUACAAACGAUAUUGUAUUGCCCUACCUGGACUCGCCUUAUGGUGAGAUAUCGGAAGUUAACAAUUUCGACGCUGUCGCAGUGUGGAGUAUCCCACCUCACGUUGCCAAAGCAAGAAGUAAUGAUGAAAAGUUCAACAAGGACUUUAUCGACGAUAUAAAUGGGCGUAUAAAGCAAGUCAUCCCAAAGAAGAUAAACUACUACUAUCUGUUUUGUGUUGGUAAAAACUUAAAUGAAAAAGGAAUCAGAGGUUCUGUAAGAACGAUUUUUGAAGAGUACAAGAGGAGAGCUGACGAAGAAAAUUGCGCCAUUGUCUUGGAAGCUAUUGCCGAGCACGCCAGAUCCGUGUAUGAAUACUUCGGUUUUGAAAAUUACCAAACUUUCAAAUACGGUGAAGGCGAAGUCGACUCUAACGGUAAUUGUGAUCCAAAUGGAGAAGGAUUCGUCAGUUACUUAAUGAUCUACCAUAAGGAUGGUAAUAAGGUGUUAAAAAAAUAG